AUGGCAAGCAGCAAAGAAAAAUUUGAACUGGCAAUACAAAAAAUGAUCUCGGCCACAAAAGGUAAAAAUUCAAAAUUCCUCACCCCUCAAGCAUACGACAAGUUAAUCCAAGAAGUUAAGGAGGCCAAAAUUAAAAAGACAAAGAAGACCACAAAGGACUACCGGCGCCUAGCAAAGUACGCGGUGAUUGAAAUUGACGGAGAGGAGAAACUGAUUGUGCCACUUAAGGGGGCGAGCCAGCCUCGGUUUUACGUACACACCGAGGACCUGUAUGAAGCGUGCCGUGAAAUUCACGAGGCCACGGGGCACGGUGGUCGUGACAAAAUGAAGUACGACUCGAAGGAAGGCAAGUACGUGAAUCUGUCACAGAAGAUGCUGCUCUGCUUCAAGGAGAAUUGCGAGCAGUGCCUUCUGAAGGAGAGUACACAGAAGAAAGGGGUAACGGUGAGGCCGAUUAUUCAUAAGGAGAUGAAUGCCCGAGCGCAAGUGGACCUGAUUGAUAUGCAAACAAGUGCAGAUGGGGACUUCAGGUUCAUAAUGGUGCUGCAAGACCACCUCACAAAAUUUGUGCACUUGCGCCCAAUACGCCGAAAAAAAGCCGAGCACGUCGCUGUUGAACUGGUCCCCAUUUUCCUUGAAUUCGGUGCUCCUUCUAUCCUCCAGUCGGACAAUGGCCGAGAAUUUGCCAAUGCUAUCAUCAACUCAUUGCAAGAAAUGUGGCCUGAAUUGAAAAUCGUGCAUGGCACCCCGAGACAUUCGCAAAGCCAGGGGAGUGUUGAGAGGGCGAAUCGGGACGUGCAAGACAUACUGAUAACCUGGAUGAGGGACCACAAUACAACCAGCUGGUCUGAGGGUCUGAAGUUCGUGGCAAACAUGAAAAACAGGCGCCACCAUCAGGGCAUCGGCCGUUCUCCCUAUGAGGCGCUGUUCGGCGUUCCCAUGAAAGUGGGCCUGGGAACCUCUUUCCCGUUACACCUGAUUGGUAAACUCGAGAGGGAAGAGAGCUUGGAGGUGAGGCAGGCCCUUAAUGGUAAUUUGCUUACUACUGUGGCCAUAACUAAUCAGGUCCCAACGUCCAGGACUUCAUUCGGAACAUGGGGGUAG